AUGUCUCAUAAGCAUCAGCAGCUACAUGAACGUGAGAAAGAAAUCCUAUCGACGUCAACCACCAUGACCUUCACCUCCAAAAAUCUUCCAAGCCCCAACGCCCCACAGAACUUCCCAGGCCCCGCCCCAAACGACGAAAACCUCGAAUUAGUGCAACAACAAAUGAAAUUCGUGGCCCACCAGCAACAGAGGUCAACGCCACCACGUUGUCACCCCAUUUCUAUUUAUAUCUUAGUACAGUCUCUAGGGUGUCUUCUGACCGGGUUAACGAUGCUGAUCACAGCCCAUUGGCCAGGAACUGGGUCACGAAGUUCGGAGGUUCUAAAAAUAGUCGGGCCGGUUUUAAUUGCCAUUGGAGCUCUGUUGUUUGUUAUUGGAAUUCUAUUGGCCAGGGUACUAGACCAAUCAGCAACAAUGCAGCAGCAGAGCAGACAGCAGCUGCAAUCACGAUCGCAGCAGCAGCCCAGACCAACCGCAGGCCCUGGAUCUGAAGAAGAACGCAUAGAGCUAUUAAGCUCCCCGGACAGCAUAGAUAAAAAAAUGCUGGGUGGCAAAAUGGCGGCUGCUUCUUCUUCCGGUAGUGACGCUUUCGUUGCUAUGGGCGAUAAUGACGAUGUGCCGGAAGCUGUGAGGAUGAUGAAGAAGAGGACGAAGAAGAAGCCGGGAGAUGCCUCUUCAAGUUUCGAGAACCUCCAAUCAGUGGACGAAGAACUAGGUCAAGGCCACAGAUCUGGGUCACGUGAACUUUACAAAACAGGGAGAGAUAAAUCUAGAUCGAGAGAAGAGAUUCAGGAGAGAGAGAAUGAGGAAGAGGAAGAAUACAUGACAGGCCGCAAAAGAAUCGUCACAAAAACGACCACAGUUGUGAAGACAACCACCACGAAAACUAAACCGGAAAUUAAAAGUAGACCCGAUACGAAACCGCCAUCUGUCCCAGAUUCCCCGAGACUUAGGAUCAAGAUAAAAGCUACACCCGGAACCCAAGUCAACGUUCGCCACAGCGGAACUGAAAGCGAAAGUGAGGAUCCAAAACAGAAAGCGAAAGCCCAAGAAAAACCAAAGCCAAAACCGAAACCCAAGCCAAAAAUUGGUGGGGGCAUGGAAGGAACUGACAUUUAG